AGAAAAGUUUUUGUCAAGUCGAACGCAAGGUGCUUCGCGUGCCGAGGGAAAAGAACUCAUCGUUCUGGUCUUCUUUAGGGAUAAUUUCAAACUGGAAGUUACACUGAAGGGUAUACACAAUGCUGAAGGUUUUUUAAAGACGAAUUUCAAUCGAUUCCAUCGGUAUUUUUAUUGGUGACAAUUAGUACUGGAAUGUCUCCAUAUCGUGUCGUCGUAGUACUCGCUACUGUACGGGUUUUAUUGUAAUUUUAACUUAAUUGCAACAAAGCUAAACAUUCUUAUGAAAAAUGCCGAAGUUCGGGGUGGGAGCGCAAAUGGUCAUGAGGUGAGUUUGAUUAAAACAAUUCUUAGUCAAUUAUUUUCUCAAACGCUUGGCUAUAUAUGUUUGUGUAUUCGUAAUGCUGAGAUGGCCUCGGUGUGAAAAUCACAGACACAGUAAGAGCUAGCGCCUCGGUGAUUUCCUAAAGCGAAAACAACGUUAAUUUUUAUUUUAUUUCAUUUUAUUUUUAUUUUAUCAAAUUCCUACACACGAGACCUUAAUUGAACUACUAUAUAGAACUCUCAUUUUCAUCACAAAAAAUGCUUAGCGGUCUUUCGGGAGAAUAGUUCUGUUCUAGUGGGAAAACACAGUGUCAGUAAAACGGGUUCAAAGUCAUUGGCAAAAACUACAUUCGCAAAAACCAAGAUAAGCCAGCCAGAAUAUAUUUCAACAACAAUUUACUUAUGCACUCUUGUCUGAAAGUACUCAAAUCGUAAGAUCUUUCGUAAAGCUUGAAACUACGUAACAUUUUUAACAAAUGAUCCAAGCAAAGCUGUCUUCGAGAUGGACCUAUAUAAGUUAACAAAGUGGACAAAAGAUGAUUUCUUCAAACACAGCGUAAAACAUGUCAUUCCUGAGUCCCGACAGUAUUCUUCGCUUUCGAAUCUUAUCUCCUCUUUUGAAAAGCUUUGGGCGUUGUGUGUCGCCGCAAACGAAAAAGAUAGACUGUAUGCGCGAGCCAGUGUCAAAAAACUAUGCAAUAAAACCAGCAAUAAAACACGCUCACGUUAUUAAUCCAUGACACGUUUUGUGAGUCUAUUUGCCAAACUGAAACGCUUGAUAUUUAAUUGAAAUUAGUUCACGCAUGCACUUACGAAUGAAUACAAAGUAAAAUGUAUCAACAAAUUUAAUAAACAGGAUUAUAUAACUCCAUGAAACACAAAAAACUUUCUUUGGAAGAUUGUUCAAAAUCAAUUCAUAUAUAUGUUCCACUAUACUCGAACUGGAAAGAAUCGCACAGAAAGUGUUUUGAAAAAUGCUGUAAUGAAGACAUAAAAGUUAAUCAUUUUUCAAAAAUGACAUCCUUCAAGUAACUUGUCAUAUUUGUAUGGUAAUUUUCUCCAGUUGAAUAGGCUUGCUUUAAAUUUGCGCCUGAUGAUACACAAUUACUCAUGAAAAGAUGCUCGCGUCCUUAAUUAGCUUUAACUUUAACUUGUUUUGACUAAAAGCAUACGUACUGAACGUGAUAAAACAUUUAAUAUGGCAACUUCUAAUACAAAUAUAUAAUUUUAGUUUUAAUGUGAAAGAAGCCAAAACAUAUAGUAGCUGUACCGCCACAUACCAUAAUAAUUCGUUAUAUGAUCCCGUCGAUAAAUAUGUUUUAAAAUUCUAGGCUUUUCCAAACUCGUGUGGCUUACAGAAAACGUAUUUUAUGCAGCAUUCGCUAUUUGGUUUUGUUUCCUAAACUGUACAGGAUCAAUAUCGAAGUGGAAUUUAUAAAGCCAAAGAAUAAAAAAGAAUUUAAAAGCCUUGAUAUGUCAUAAUCACUGUCGUUAUUGUUGAUUAACACGGCAGACCAAACCAUCUGUCGAAAUAUGCCCAACUUUUUAAGUAUGCAUGCAUGCAGAUGUCUCGGCGAAAACCAAAAAUCUUCAAUCAACUCGCUCGACUUAUAUAAAUGCAAAAAAUGCGAGAAAUUAACCCAAUUGAAGUGCUAAGAAUAAAAUUUCACUAUAAAAUACGACCAAACGUAAUAAAAUUUAUAUAUUUCCCCCGUGAGCAGUUUAGUCUGUGUGGGUUUUCCAAAUACGUGAUCUUCCCUCACGCAUAUUAUGAAUUUUGAAUAACGACUUUUGAAUAACGAAUUUUGAAUUCGAAUUUUGAGUAAUGAGUUACUGCACGGGCAUAUUUUUUUCAAUAACAUUUCGAAUACAGUAAUAAUAGCGAGCUUGCACGUAUUUACAAUGUAACUAUAAAACUAGAAGCAUAAUCUAGGCCUAGGACUAUAUUAUACGUGCUUGGAAACACUAUAUGCAAAAUUAUUUCAUGCUUCAUCAACACUUUGUCUUUGUAUAUAUAGCAAAAAUAUGUUCUCUUUUCUAAAACAAAAUUAUAAAGCGAAACUUCUUCUAGUUCACUUUAGGGGUUUCGUAAAAAUUUAGUCAUUCAGUUACGGUUUACAUGAAAUAAAACACAAUAUACGGUUCAAAUUAUUCGGAUCUUAUAAGUCUGAGUAGCCGCCAUCUUGGAAACGUUCGGAGAAUAUUCGGAAAAGGUCGGAUUGUAACGCCACGAAGCGAAUGUUUUUGGUUUCGACGUUACAAACAUACACAACGAUGCAGUAAUCUUAAUUUUAACAUCACUUGAUUGUCAGUGUACAUAGGACACUCCUGGGGUGGAAAAUAGUUCAAACAUUGAAAUAUUCAUUAUACUUUAUAGAUAAUUAUCUAUGAAAAAAGUUAACACAUUGGUUUUCUAGUGUGCUAUACUAAAACCGCACUCAAUUGUUCAGGUUACAUUGUAUAGAUUACAGAGGCGUAAACUUUAAACUGACAAUAUAUUUGCGUUUCAGUACUUCGCAAAUGACAUAAAUUGUGGAGUUUUUAACGUUAAAAUAAUCCUAAAUCAGAAAAAUGGCCAGACAACCCAUGUUUUGAGUAUACUAACUAUACGAACUAACAUAACAAAUUUUUUACUUGUUUGAAUUUUUCACUAAUACCACAGAAACCAAAAAACACUCGGGAUUGGUGAACGCAUUUACGUAAUGAAAACAAAGCAUUGAAAUUGCAAUAAAUUAAUAACAAGUCGGAAACACGGUCCGCAACAACAUUAAAAAUGUGUUAGAACAGUAUUAUAACAGUAUUAUAACACUCGGGAAAAUAACACAUUAAAGUUUCGGCACAAACAUAUACCUUGCAACAUUUAAGAUUCACAAUAUACCGAGUAUUUUUGCAGAAAGAUGUAUAAAAGCGAAUCAUGCAUGUUUUGUUAACGUCAUUUAAUGAAACUUCGUUAAAUUCGGCAAUACACUUUGGAGAAUAUAUAUAUAUAUAUAUAUAUAUAUAUAUAUAUAUAUAUAUAUAUAUAUAUAUAUAUAUAUAUAUAUAUAUAUAUAUAUAUAUAUAUAUAUAUAUAUAUAUAUAUAUAUAUAUAUAUACACAUAUAUUGCAUAUAUACAGUAUUUCAAGUACUGUUAAACCUUCCCUUGAACAUAUUGUGCGUUUGUUUGCCAAGUUAGUAUGAAACGUUUACACAGCAGCACGUGUUGUGCCGGGCCGCGAUUUUAGGAGCCCACCUUCAGCAUGUUAUAGUCAAGCGAUGGUUUCCUAAACCAAAAUAGGUUUUUAUAGCAUCGCAUCCAGGGCAACCGGAAUGCUCGCGAACCAGCCAAUAAAAUCGUGAAUAUGUUCGGACGACGCAAGUCUAGGCAACCUCAACUUCCCAUCAUCCUCGGCUUCUGCGAUGCAUUAGUUGCGAGAAACAGGUGUUUUAGACUCUUUUGCAAUUCCUAGCAUGUUUACUGCCGCUAUUGUCAUGGAGCUAUCUUCUACUACAGCUUAUGGACGCAGUUCAAAUUUUCCUACGAUUUGGGCAAAAUUUCUGUAGUCAGAAUCGUAAAAAGAAGCACAGAGGACACAGUUUACUGGCCUGUACGCGGCGGCAACCCCCGAGGGGGGAUUUAGACAACGAAGUUCGUUCCUUAAAUGUUUUAUUCGUCUUGCUAACAGGCGCGGUGCUCAUACGGAGGGGAUUUCUCCUACAAAGAACAUGCAAGCAGCACAAGUAUUAAAACAACAUCGGGAAGCUGUCGAGUCUCACGAAAAAAAGAAAGACGAAGAACAUCGCCAUCAUGAAGGAGCCGAUGGCGAAGAGCAUACGGACUCUGAAUUUGAAGAGGAAGAAAUACUUGUAGAAGUUCCUAAAUAUUUACAAGGAAUACCUUUAGUCGAUCCACAUACGGAAAAACUUGGCGAGGUAUGAUUUUAUAUCUUAAAGUAAACCGAAAUAUAUCACGAAUUCUCAAUACUAUAUAUAUAUAUAUAAAUAUAUUCUGACUGCAAUUUCCUAAUGACUUGAAUACAUUAACAUAUUGUCUAACAACAGGAAACAUCUAACUUCGGUUAUUGCCCACACUAAACGAAACCGUCAACGAAUUAAACCGUUCUGCUAUUCUCACGAGGAUGAAAUUCUGUCGCUCCUAAUCGGAAUAUCGGGAUGGUUUUUCGUUUUAAAGCGUAGAAAAUAUGACAAACGCGUGUUGUUGUGAAUUGUCAACAAAAUCUCAUGCGGCCAUAUACUGCGUUUACAUAGUAUUUUACAAGUUAAACCAAAUACUUUGACGAAUCUAAUUUUCUAAUGCCGGCUUCGUUAAUCCAGAGCAUAUUUCAAAAUUAGGGCCACGAAAGAGACAGAUUAAUUCGCAUUGCAGGUAGAAAGUACAGGUUGCACGGUGUCACUAAGUUACCUUGUGAAGCGCAUUACAAAAACAAUAUAUACUCUCAGUUCAAUUAUAAAAGUAAACGGGGAGAAUCCGCUCUAAAAAUAUGACCGCAUGUACUGCAUCAACACAAGCGAAGGCAAAGGCUUAUAAGCGGAUAUAUACUACUUCAUUUCCUCUCAAAACCUUCGCCAGCAUCUGCCAGUUGGAAUGAUAUUCUCCCAACUCGUAUUUUCAACCGCUGAAACAAAACUAAAACAUAUAAGCGUAGUUUUUAAAGAAGAUUCAAUCUUUGAUAAAAUAUCAUUAUACGCGAGCGACAAGCGUACCGUUAGAUUUGUAUCUAAGAUUGAGAAAAUCUAAACUAAAUUAUAUCGUUUGAAAGGGAUAGACGGAGAGUAAUAGCGUCAAAACAAAAACAUGACAUAAAUAAAACCGACUGUUUGUCACCGUUGCCACAGCAUAAAUCUGUAACGGUCGUUGGACAUAACAUUUGAAAUUUUUAUUACAAAACAUGCAUGGUGUUACGCGUGACCGACAUUGGCCGAUAUCUUUUAAACGUGCGAUAACAGCACGAAACGUAUCAAAGAUUUUUGUUCUUCCCAACCUGUGAAAGUGACCUAAAUUAACCUAUCGCGGGCUAAAAUUAUUCUUGAGGCUCUUUAUUGAGAUAUAUAGGUAAAGGAACGAAAUUGCUUUUCGUAAGACCCAGUAGGAAGCCGAUAUCAUUUCGCAGAGAUAAAAUCCCAUCAUUGUCGCUUCACAUGCAUUACGGCAAUUGUGAAAUACUCAAUAGAAGAAUGAACUGUGAUAACUAAGUUAAAAUUUCCAUAUUUUAUACAACAUAUUGCUGCAUGCUUGUAUGAGCUGACCUAGGCCUGGGAUAGCACGACGGCAAAAAAGUAAUAGACUUCACCCCUCAUACGCUGAGCCUAAUUGCAAGUUGAGUGAUUCAAAAUGAAUAUACAUCAUGCGGUAUCUGAUGUUGUUAGCAUUUUAGCGACAUAAAGUAGUACAUCUCGCCUAUCUAGGGGAGGGAAGGUUUCAAGGAAUAUGGGAAUUUAUCCAAAAACAAAAACUGUGCCUGUUUAUAUCUAUAAUAUCGUAUCUAAUUGACGUAAAAAGAGUCUGGAAUUGAUAUUACAACUAUUGACUUUCAAUGAAAUAUUUAUUUCGUUCAAGCUGUCAUGGCGAGCAUUAUAAUUUGCAUAUGCUUAAUAAUUUAUUACUGUAGUCUUCGCUAUCUUAGCUGCCCGUUGCUUUUUCUUUUUAAAUAUUUAACUUUCGAUGUUGACUACGGUACGGAUAUCACUACUUUAAGAUGAGGGAUGAGGUUACACUUAACUUUGCCUAAAAAAUGAGGCUGAAAAUUCGCAUUGUUUCCAAAUUUGAUUCGUAAACGUUUCGACCGCGGUGAGCCGGUACCUGCACACGCUUUCACACCGUCGCAACUUUGAAUGACAAUAAUUCAAUAAAAUAAAAUUAUAGAUGAAAAACUUUAAUAUAACAUAUUUUCAAAGCAUAAAACAUGCUAGCCACAUUAUAAGUACCAAUCAGAAAAUGAAUUCGAGUAAAGUUUACAAUUAUAAGGUUUAUGACGCAUCAGCGCGUAUACUUUGCAACACACAACGCGUAACGCAUAACAAUUUGAAAGACAGCGAAAAAAACCCUCAUGAAUAUAACAAACAAAGCUUCCUUUUAUUUGUUUCUUUAAAUCUUUGGCUCUAAUGAGUUGUUUUUGUAUAUAUUUUAAAUAAUUUCAUGUUAAAAGUUAGCUAUGCACAUUUCGAGCCGAUGUAUACAUUCGGCAUGAUGCAUGCGUUAUCUUCCUAAAAAACUCCGCGCAAUCGAUUUCAGUAUAAGCUUUCGAUUGACAAAAACACCAAUUGCAAGACAAAAAGACAAUUCGUUAAAUUAAGUAUUAAAAAUUUAUUUGAAAUUCGAUAAAGCCAAACUGAAAAGCUGUUAAAACGGUGCAAAUAGAUAUAGAAUAUCUAAGCAGUGUAGAAUUUUGUCAACACGUUGAAUAUAGUCGAGGGAAACAGUUUUUAAAAUUAUAUUUUUACAUUUCUUUUUUAUGCUCUAUUACUCAUGGAAACUUUACACGGUUCUUUCAUUGUAUAUAAAUGAGGACGAGACAAACUAUCUGUUUGUUAAACUACAAAAGAGACAGCUUCACAAACAAACAUCGCUUUAUGUAGAUUCCAUAAAAAAAAUGAAAAUUUCAACUAUUUUACCAAUUUAGUUUGACUAUUUAGCCAACAUAAUUGUUCAUACGUAUACCUAUACAAAAAUUGAAAUAAAAAAAAUUUGUGUGCGUGUUUUGUCCAGUUAAUGUCGAGUUCAAAAUAUUUGGGUCUUGCAAUUAUGCUGUAUACUUUGUUAUAGACAAUGAAUUUAAAUAUCAUAUAAACACACAUAUAGGCAAAACCUCAGAAAAACUUUCCUGCCAAAAAUCCUCUUAACAAGAAAGUAUUUUUUAUAGAAAGGUAUUAAAGAAAUCAUAGGGGACUAUAUAGGACUUUUUUCCAAAUAUUUUCGAGCAAAAUACUAAAGUCAGAAGCAAACUACAUAUAUCAAUUAAGUUUUUGCAAGCUGAUGGAAACGAAUUUGCAGUUGGUUCGAUUACAUUUUGUCAAGGUAUAAAAAAAUGCUCUAAAGCAGGAUUAAACCUAUUUUAAACGGAUCGAUAUGGCACGGUUCACGGUUCGUUAAUUUUGAAGACAAGGUGUGAAACAAUAUUGUGACAAGUGCAAGACGUGUUAAAGGAGUUUAGUUAUAAAAGCAUAAUUAUAUUAUUGAAUAAACAUUUCCAUUGCAUUGUUCAGUAUAUUAAUAUAGCUUGCAACAAUAACCGUGUAACUUCGUGCAACCGUUGCAAUUUUGAUUCAAUUUGGACUAAAAAUAGCAAAAAAACUAAAUUAACCGCUUUCACCCUGGUAACCUUGUAUUAUUUUUGUGAAUGUGAAAUCGAGUUUAGGAUACAUCCCAAACUACGGUAGCUGUUUGGUGCAAACACACUUCUCGCAUGAAAUUAGAGGGAUCAAAUCCUUGUCACAGAGUUGCAACAAACAACAUCCGACAUCAGCUUGUUUUGGUCACAUGAGUCAUGGUGACUUUAAACAUUUCACACUGUCAUUCACCAAACGAAUUCCUAAAAUACCGUCAAAACGCCGACCAAAAUUGCGCAACACCGUUUUCCCGUUUCACUGGUUGAAAUAUAACAUUUUCCUAAAAAUUUAUUAUAUUGUAAUUUAGGAUAUAUUGCCUAUUAACAGGAUUUUAAUUUAUAUUAAUUCAUAAAAAUUCCUAUCCAACUGUGUUGCCAUAGCAACGACUUAAAAUAGAAUUGAUUUCAUGAUUCCUAGACGAUCGCACCCAAGGUCAUAGCAACGAAUCGCGUGAUCAACAUUUAAAAUGUAUCAACUGUAUGAUUCCCUUAUAAAAUUUUCAUUAACAUCUCCAUAUAAUAAAUUAUAAAUUUUAUUGUAUUUCGAAAAAAUACCAAAAGCUUUAAGCGAUGUGCAUAUACACUAGAAUUAAGACCAAAUUUUCAAGCCAAAAUGGUCGCUAAUAAUAUCAAGGGUAUGAAUUAAUAUUGGACUUGAAACGUCGUUGGCCGUAAUUAGACCUGGCAACUGCUAUACAAUAUUGUCAUAUGUGUAGGACAUAAUAUUCUUCACUACAAAAAUAUAGUAUUUUCCAACACUGUUAAGCAAGCAUCGAUGUUUGAAGCCAUUUCUCCUUAGUUGCCUUGUGAAAUAAUAUCACAAAAGCCAAAUGGAAACAUGACUUGAAUUAUCGAGGCGUGCUGAACAGUGUUAAAUAUAAUUCAAUUUAUAUAUAUACCCUUAUAUUACUUCCUGUUCCAUAUCUAAACACACACAAUAUAUGAUGAUGUUAAGAUGUUUGCAGUUUAUGUGUUGGAAAAUAAAAAUCCCGCUUUAGGAAUGCGUCGCAUAUCCCUAUAUUUAAAACUUCUGCAAUGAAGGUUAGUUUUGGAAUAAUGAAUAUAUACAAAUCUACAAUAAUACUAGUCCAGAAACGUUUGCUCAUGCAUAUAUGACAAUGUUUUUAUACAGUAAAAAUUAAUAUUACAAACUUAUCAGACUUUUGACCUAAUCAAUGUUUCGUUUUAAUUUGCUUUGCAUAUGAAUUCAAUUCGAAACUAUAGAACAAUAUGGCAAGUAUAGAACGAUAAAUAUUUCUUUUAAAACUACGAAUUUCAUUGCGUUUUUUUAAAGUUUCUUAGGCAAAUUUUUAAAGUUUAAAUCGAAGACAAAGAGAGAUAAUUUAGAAAAUAAAACAGAAGUAUUAAUGAAGUAUACUGCGUGUAAAUUACCCACCAGCACACAUAAAAUAUUUAUGAAAAUGCUAGCAAUAUCCCAUUUCCAUGACAACAAUGACGCAAGAGCUUGCGCGUGGUGAAAAUAUAGCAAUUUUAAAACUCUGCAAUUUGUAAAUAUUUGUCUCUGACUAAGAGAUCCUUGACGCUCGUUUCAAUAAUAAUAAUAACACAACUCUCUUCACAAACGAGGAAGAACUGCUAUAGAGAACAUUUAUCAACGUAUAGAACUUGCACAAAAAUUGAAAUAAAACCAGCCCAUUGGGUGUUCCAACGUAGUAAUUAAUCUAGCCGAAGAAUUAGCAUAAUGUGCUUAACGAAAAAAAAAAUCGCUCGGAAUCACUAAGCACUCAUGCUAGUCAACCGGUACUAGAAAUAUCAGGGUGAAAAAUGAUGUAUCAUCUUUCCCCCAAAAAAAAUCCAAGAACUGCAGUGAGGCAUGAUUAGAAAGGUCUCAAUUUAAACGUCGUCUUUCACCAAAAGUUAUAACUUAUCAGUUAUACAAAAACGACAUUUCGACCAAGUUACCUUGUCCUUUGAAAGCUCUACAAGUUUGAACAAUGGCAAAAAAGAUUAUCUUUGGAAGCAUGCAUGCAUGUAUUCUGUGGCCCCUUUAAAUCUUUAACAUACAGCUUCCCAGCGAGUGUAUAUAGUUAAUUCUUCUGUAAAUUUAAUUUACUCUGAAUUUAUAAUUAUCUUACUUGUUUAUUAAUUUCUGACACUUGUAGAGCAUAAUAUUCAUAUUGCUGUCCAAGGCCAUAACAACUUGGUCCAAAUGUCCUUUUUGUUCGCAACUUUUAAUCAGAGACGACAUUUUUAAAUAUGGACCUUUUUCUCUUUUUCACUGCCUGUUAAGUUUCGUAUUUUUGCGAAAAUAAAUAAAAUGGAAUUGACCGCUUUGGACUCCAUAACUUUGCAUGCAACCUUCUUACUUGGCUUGUACUGUGCAAAUCAAACAUUCAACACACCUACGACAAAGUAAGUGAGUUGUGUGCUUGAUUCACAAAGUACAACUCAAGUUGUAAGCAGGUUGCAUGCGACAGUUUUAGGCAAAAGUUGUGAAGUGUAAAUCGACGCGCACUGAAACCUACUAAUAUCAUAUAGCAAUCUCAAACUCAUUAAUAAUUCAAUGAGUAAAUUGGCCAACUAUAUUGCUUUAUUUUGCUCACAUGUUAAUACUGGAUACCUGCAUAUUGAUCCAGUCCUUGGACAGGAUCAAAAUUAAUGGACCUUUCCCCUUAUAACUAAAAUUUUGAUCUAGACAAAAAUUUCAUCACAGCUUGAAAGAGCAUCACAAAAUUAGUAAUAUUCCAAAGUUUCGUUGCGAAAUGUUAUAAAACGCGGAUAAUAUAGCCUUGCGAAAUUUGCCGUUUUUCAGUCAUUUUGUAUUACGCACGGGAAAUUGACAGCCCAAUCGGGUGUUGGGGCAUCAAUUUCCCGUUUGUAUACAAUACAAAAUGACUGAAAAUUGCAAAUUUCGCAGGGCUAUAUUAUCCGCAUUUUACAACAUUUCGCAACGAAACUUCGGAAUAUUACUACUUUUGCGAUGCUCUUUCAAGCUGUGAUGUCUAGACUUGUCUAGAUCAAAAUUUUAGUUAUAAGGGGAAAUGUCUAUUUAGUCCUUGGACUGGAUUUUUUCAAAUUAAUUCACCUCAUUUUAAGUAGUGCUUUAUUCGUAUGAGAUGUCAUUUCAAAUCCGACUAUGAAGACUGGACUAGAUUUUAAGUCCUCGCAUUUUGGUCCAGUCACAUUGCGCGGUCUUGAAAUCUAGUCCAGUUUUCACAGUCGGAUUUGAAAUAUUACAUAAAUACCUGUGGGCUAACAAAUCAUUCUCCUCCCCAGACGUACACAGUGAUUGCAAAGAAUCUGGCUGGACUUCUUCAAGUAAACAGAUUUUCGUCGACGAAAUCAUGUUAUCUCUUUGGACCAAGAAAUAAAAUUAGAAAAUUCACGUGUUAUAUAGUAACACAUCAGUAUCCUUUUUGUGAAAACACCGUCUAAAAAUACAAGAAUAAUGUAGUAGUAGUUAUUAGAGGGAUUGAGAAGGAUUCAACUACGUGAAAAAUACAAGGAAAACUUGUAUUUUUCAGAGUUGGAAGAACAUUUUCUAUAAGGCUGAUUUCAAAUAUAAAAUUUUGAUAACUGAUCAAAUAAAUUAUUAAUUAAGCUAUUGUUCUAAUUAGAAUCGUUUGUUUUUCUUAACUGUUUUCCAGAAUAUUCGAACUUAUUAUUUUAAUCACAAUUUUAACGAACUGUAUCUUUUUAGCAUUAAAUAAUCCACCUCAGGUGUCAGAGUAAGUAAAUUAAUACAAUUAAUUAAUAAUCAUCCAAUUAGAAUAUAGAGUACAUUAUUGAGUAUCGUGUACUCAAUUAGCAAAAAAAGAUGCCAUUACAUUACUCAGAUUUUAAUAUUAAAAUCAUUUUUAAAUUAGAACACUGUAUUUGUUCGUUAGAAAAAUUAACCAAUUAGAAUAAAUUAUCCAAUUACAGAUAUCACUGCACUCAAAUAAAUGACCAAAACUAAUGUUCUUCCAAUAUAUCUUUCCAUCUAGAAUUGUAUUUGCAAUAAUUUACACAUCAGAAAUGUUGCUAAAAGUCACCGCCAAGGGAUUUGCGUUUCAUAAGUAUGCCUAUCUACGAAAUUCGUGGAAUUGGUUAGAUUUUAUUUGCGUCAUAAUAGGGUAAGUAUUUUCAAAUGAUAAGCAAACUUAAUGACUGAUUUGAAAAUGACAUAAUGAUAAGAGAGGAAUAUAAUUAUACAAUACAACACAACACAACACAACACAACACAACACAUACCAAUAAUACAAUCAAUUUAAUGCUUCCUCGAUUUUUUCCAGCUUUUUGACGUUUAUUCCUGGAGUAUCAAACUUCUCUGUAGUCCGAACAUUCCGAGUAUUACGAGCGUUAAGAACGAUAUCAGCUGUAAAAGGUUAGUUCAAAAUGGCUUCAACAUUUUCCUUUAACUAUGAAGACAAACAGGACAUAUUGCCAUGAGCAAGUCUCAAGGGUGGUAAGAACACAGUGAUUAAUGCAUGUACAUACUACACACGUAAAAACGCACAAGUUAUAACAAACCUGCAGCAGACUUGAAUGUUGUUCCAACAACUUGUCAACGUGAUGUGUUCGCAUUGCUUGUUCCCAGUUAGUUGACCAGUUGUCAACGGCUUCUUGACAACUUGCCACAAGGUUGUUGAGCUCAACAGAGUCUGACUUGUUAUCAGUUGUUCCAACAACUUGUUAUCGUCCUGCAAUUCAACAAUUUGUCAACAAGUUGUGAGUGACAACCUUGUAGCAACUUGAUAAAAUAACAGCAUUGUUAGAACUUGUUCAAACGCUUGCUACAAGCUUGUUGCGAACACAUCUUGUUGACAAGUUGUGAGAAUUUUACGUGUGUACCGAUCUGUGGCCGAGGUUUGAUUUCUGCACUCAAUUGUACAUCUCUUGAUCUCCUUGUUUUUUUCUCAAGGUUUAAAAGCAAUGGUAAAUACGCUAAUGAAGUCAAUUAAAAUGUUAUCGGACGUCAUGAUCCUAACGGUUUUCUUCAUCGGUGUCUUUGCUCUGAUUGGUCUACAGCUAUUUAAAGGAACGUUGCGUAAUAAGUGUGUUAAAUUGAUGGCGCCUAAUGCAACAGAUGCCGAAUGGAGUGCACACGUACUCCACAAAGGUAGGUUCAAAAAAUGUGCUGGAUUUUAAAGGUUCAGCCUUUUAGCCUAAAUGAUGGUUUUUAAGGCACAUUUCAGCCCUUUUAAUUGAAAAAACUAACUAGGAAAAUCAAUUCAAAAUUUGAAAAAACUAACUAGGAAAAUCAAUUCAAAAUAAUUCAAGAUCAGCAAACUUAACAUUUUUAACAUUUUAAAACAUUUUUAUUGUAAAAAGUUUAUUGAUCUUGAAUUAUACAUAAUUGAUUUUCCAAGUUAGUUUUUUCAAUUAUAAAAGGGCUAAAAUGCACCUUAAAAAUCAUCAAUCAAAAGGCUAAACUGUGCCUUUAAGUACAGUAAACACCCACAUAAAAGAACCUUUAUCUUUUUAUGUCAUGCUAAAGAGAUUCUUAUAUAACACGUAGUUAUUGGUUUUUAACCGGUCCUUAUUUCAUGUCAAAAACAAUUAUCCCUGGUUUAAUAGUGAGCUGUUUCUUAAUUAGUGAGCUGUUGAAAGUAUUACAUUAAUAAUUGCUAUUUUUAAAAUUAAAAGCCUCAGAAUUUGAUAAACAUGGUUCGUAAACAGAGUUCAAACCGCUUGAGUCUGCCUGCUAUUAAAACCACCUUCAAUGGUUAACUAUAGAAGCAUUUUGGCAAAUCUGGACUUACUCUUAUAUAUAAUCUUUAUAGAAAACUGGUUGAUCAACCAGGACUUUCCUUUUGUGUGUGGGAAUGGAACGUACAGCGGGUAAGGCUGUUCUCUUGUUUACUAAGAACAAUUAAAGGAAAAUAAUUUUUCACAGUAAUUUUUAUUUUUUUCAAGAAUUUUUCCUUGGUAUUCUCAGCUUGUUGUAACACAACAAAGAGCUGAAUUAACGUGAUUCUUAUUCUAUUUCAGUCACUGUAAUGAGGGUUACAGCUGUAUCGCAGAUAUUGCUGAAAAUCCUCCAAAAACUGAAAUCCCGUACAUUUCAUUCGAUAAUUUCCUGUGGUCACUGCUCACUUCUUUGCAGCUCGUCACGCUAGAUUCUUGGGAAAUUGUUUAUAACGUGGUAAGUUCAAGUUUAGUUUAGUUUAAAGACAGUCUGAACAAGGCUAGCUGACUACAAUAGCAUUUGCCUACAUUUUGAAUGACAACUAACGAAAUGACUUUACUGACAGCUGACAAACGAAGAAACAGCAAUUUGGAAUAGACAUUUUACAUAAUAUUUUAGUAACAGCAUAUAAAAUAUGUUAAGUGAUAGCUGAUAAACGAUAAAGAGAAAAUUCGAACUGAAAUCUUACAAAAUAUCUCACUGACAAUACACAAUUAGUUUGAAUAUUAGCUGCAUGACGACUAACAUUCAAAGAGUCCACUAAAACCUUCUUCCUCACAGUAAAGGAUAGAAGGCGUUACAAUUUGUAUGGCAUACAAGUACCGCCUAGCUCGAACUUGAUUCAAGGCUAGGCAACAGACCUUAUGCAUAAUGACGUCACAAGGCUUGAUGCCCGCGAGAAAUGCUGGUCUUAGUAGUCAUCGCCCGGGAAAAUUAAACAAUUCAAAAGGCCAACUACCGAAAUUUCCACGGGCGAUGACUACUUAGACCAGCAACACUCGCGGGCAUCAAGCCUUGUGACGUCAUUAUGCAUAAGGUCUAACAAUUUGAUGUAAUUUUAACAAAAUGUCUUUCUCACUAGGUAAUCGGUGCAAAUGGCCAAGUGUACGUUUUAUAUUUCCUGUUUGUUGUUCUCCUUGGUCCAUUCUACCUGAUUAACCUUGUGUUGGCUGUGGUCUCGUUGUCAUACGAAAUUGAAUCAGCAGCGAUACAGGACGAAGGGGCAAUGAAGAGAAACUACGAAGCAUUAAAACGAAGCGCAUCUGCUUAUGACUUUGACUGCAAAGAAAUGCCAGAACCUCUAUACUUGGACGACAUUCCACAACGACCGGAAGAAUCGAAGUACGUUCCCGAGGACCCACGACCUUCCAGUCGGAACACUGCAACACCGACGUCCGAUAAUGCGCUUGAACUUGGCGAGAAUUAUGAACAGGAGGUGGCAGCCCCGACGGGAUGUUGUACAAGUUUUAGAGCUAGACUGAACAAGAUCGUGGACAGUCCUUUCUUCGAAGGAUUCAUUACUGCGUGUAUUUUAUUGAACACUGUAUGUAUGGCAUUGGAACAUCAUGACAUGGACCUGACAUUUAAGAAAGUUUUAGAAUAUUGCAAUUUGGUAGGUUGCACUGAUGUUGGUUAUCAUGUUAUAACCACAUAUAUCUUUUAAUCGAAAUAUCUUUCUCUUCAGACUUUUACAAUAGUUUUUAUCUUGGAAAUGAUUCUCAAACUGAUGGCACUGGGUAUAAAGAAAUACGUGAAAAUAGCCUGGAAUGUUUUUGAUGGUGUGAUUGUUCUCAUGAGUAUAGUAGACAUGACCAUGGAGUACUCCAAUGUUGGGGGCAGCGCGGGCGGAGCGCUCAGUGUUUUGAGGACAUUCAGAUUGGUAUGUAUAUCACGUUAUUAGGGGCUGAUAGGGUUACUGUACUCAGUACCGGGAGUGCCUAUUGUUGUACGAGUCCUGAUGGGACACUAAACACCAUCCUCCGUUCAUGAGAUAAAUUUUCCAGUUCAGUUCCAUUCCAUUCUAUUCUAUUCUAUGCCACUUUAUUCCAUUCUAUUCAAUUCAAGUUAAUUCCAUGCUAUGCUAUUCCACUUUAUUCCAUUAUAUGUAGUUCUAUUCCAUUCAAUUCGAUGCUAUUCUAUUCCAUUCCAUUUUAUUAUUUAAAAAACUUCACACAUACACUAAACCAUCCUUUCACUUCACUUUCUAGCUUCGUGUUCUUAAACUGGCGAAGUCCUGGAAAACCAUGGGUAAUCUGUUGGCAACGAUUGGCAAAAGUGUAGGAGCUGUGGGUAACAUAACUGUCAUCCUACUCAUUCUCAUGUUUAUCUUUGCUGUGGUUGGCAUGCAACUGUUUCGUACGUAUUACACAAAAGAAAUAUUCCCUGAGGGCGUACCAAGAUGGAAUUUCAAAGACUUCCCGCGAUCAUUUAUGAUGGUUUUCAGAAUCAUCUGUGGUAAAUGGAUUGAGCCAUGUUGGGAUGUUAUGCGCGCGGCUGGUGAACAUUCGUUCAUUUAUGUCUUGCUUGUGUUUAUCAUCGGUCAAUGGAUUGUCUUGAAUUUGUUUCUUGCGCUUCUGCUCAGUUCGUUUGGUGGAGAUUCAUUAGCCGAGGACGAGGUAAGAUUCGCUAGGUUUCGAAAUAACCUAGCAACCUAAAAUCUAAAGUAUUUACAACACAAUGUUUAGCAUUUUUAAAAGAAAUCAUUUGGAGAUAGAAGACAUGACAUAAGAUUCACAGAGCUAGGUUCAGUUACUACAAUAUCAAACCUCCCUUCAAAAUUCCAUUUUAUUUCCAAUGUUUUGUUUAUAUUUUAGAGAAAAGGGACCUUGGCGGGGUAAAUAGUAGACUGGGGAGCACCAUGCCCCCCAGUCUAGCCCUGCGGUCUUCAUAGAAUCCCUAGAUCUUACGAAAUGUUACCAUAAUUUCAGGAGGAUCAGGAGAAGAAAAAGAAAAAGAAGAAGAAAAAGAAGUUUAGUUUACUUGCGCUGUUUAAAAGAAAGAAAAGAGGAAGAGUGACUCCGAACACGUCCAAAGAAGACCUCGAACAGGCUCAGGAAGAUGAACUCAAGAGGGAACAGCAGGGUGAAACAGGGAUAACCAUGGUCAAUGGUGGUGACACGGGGAAUGGUGUACCACUUAGAGCAGGUGAGAGACUGCGUCGACAUAAGCUUGGAAUAAAUAGGGACGACUAAAGUUCGAUAUAACUUCGGUGAAGGUCGGAAUAACGUCGAGACACGGUCAAUAAUUUCUCCACUGAUCUCAAAAGUUACUAGGUAGCGUAUUGUUCACUAAUGCACGAAAUGAAGACAAUUAAACUUUGACAAUACACAUGUAUAAAAACAAGGCUAUAUAGCUAGCCUCCUCCGCAGGCCUCUCUAUGGGUUUUAGCCUGCGAAUGGGUUUUGAAAAAAACAAACUUUUUCCCACCACCCGAGAUGCCUACGGAGGCGGCUACUGUAUAGCCAAGGUCACGAAAUUUCCGGAAGCAUGUAUAGAAGUUCCUCACUAUUAAGGGAUCAAAUGUCCAUACGUAUACAUUUUAAAAACGGCUUUAAAACUUUAAAGGUACCAGAAAAUUACAUUAUUUUGACAUAUAAAGCAUCUCAGAAAAUAAAUGUCUGUCGGUUGAAAAAUAGUUGCUUAAUCCAGUUUUAUUUUGAAGAUCAGUAAUAACCCGCCUUUUUUCGCUGGUUCAGGGUCUGGGGAUAGCACGCGCAGUGAAACCGAAAGUACAGCAAAUGGCACCACUAUCGACGGCGAUCCUUCCCAUCCUUCAUUUCCGGUCAGCGUCGUCGUAGAUGAAACUGUGCAGACAAAGAAUAAUGGCAUCCCGUUUGACAAGACAGAUUCUUCUGAACAUUUGAAUGUUGCCAACGGCAACGGAGGGCAUGGCGUACCCAAUGGAAACUCGCAUAAAGGUUAGUUGCCUGCGAAUGGGCCUUCUCGGAUAAGGACGUUAAAUCGUAGGUACCUCGGAUCUCCUAUCAAUUGGGAAAUCCGCUCACCAAUAAGUGAGUAACUCAGUAAACUAAAUCAAUAAACCAAUAAAGCAACAUCAGUUAUAUUCUUUAGUAACUAUAAACAAUAGCUAGCUAACGUUUUAAAAUUAUUUCAGGAUCGAGCUUGGAUCUCAGUAGAACGGUAUCUGGUAUCAGUCAGUCUUCAGCCAGUCUUAAUGGCGAGCGCCGUGAGUCUAUUCAGAGUUCUCUUGGGACGGGCUUCCACAAUGCUCGCAACAAUUCAAUACGUGGAAGUCGACGUCCAACCAUGAUGGUCCAGGGAGAAGAUGGACUGCCUGUUGCACCAGAUUGUUAUCCACCCUUCUGCUACAACGAAGGAAUCUGUUGCGUGUGUUCGUCUGGUUUUAAAACUUCCAAGAUACGGAAACUUUGGACAACUGUUCGUACGAAGAUCAAUUUCUUUGUCGAGCAUAAGUAUUUUGAAUCUUUCAUAUUGUUCCUGAUCGUUGUUAGCAGUUUAUCCUUGGUAAGUGAUGGAUAAAGUUUCCUGUGUUUUCAUGUUUUUAUGUGUUAAGCACAGCGGAUAACGUUAUGGGCGUUGGCGUUAUGAACUCAGAAGACAUGAAUGAGACACGGCAUGAAUCUAUCAAUGAGACAUAAAUUUAUCACCUUGACUGGUGUUUCCUUUAAAUGUAAUGCAGUAAAGUAAAAUGCAUGCAAGCAACCAGGCGCCAGUCAUUAAUGUUAUUUCUGUUCAAUUAUUGCAGGCUUUUGAGGAUAUCUACUUGCCCAAACGUCCAAUAUUAAAAGAUAUUUUGCAGUACUCCAAUUAUUUCUUUGCUGUCGUGUUUGGUCUGGAGUUUCUUCUUAAACUGAUUGGUUACGGUGUUGUCGGAUAUUUCACAAGUUUCUGGAAUUUACUCGACGUCUUCAUUGUCGCAGUAAGUGUUCAUAUACCUUUACCUGGCAUGAAACGUGAUUGCAACGCGAUUGCUUAACCUAGCUUAUCUACUAACCUGCAGAUAACCUUCAACCGGAUCUUCAAUUUUUGACCUUCAAUUUCACAUCAUGACCUUCAACCUGACCUAAUAUGGACUUUUUACCUGGCCUCAUAUUGACCUAGCACUUGACCUCAUAUUGACCUUCAUCUACUCUCCUUUGACUUUCAACUUGACCGCAUUCCGACCUUAAGCAUAACUUCGUACCAACCUUUCAUUUGACUUCUUAUUGACCUACAACUUGAUCUCGUAUCGACCUUCAACAUGAGCUAAUAUUGACGCUUCAACUUGUCCUCAAAUUAUCCUUGAAUGUUCAACAUGACUUACAACCAUUUUAAUAAUUAAUUUAGAUAUCAGUUGCGACGUUAUUCGGUAAUGAAAAUCUCAAUGCUCUACGUUCGCUACGUGCUCUAAGACCACUUCGUGCUGUGUCGAAAUUUGAAGGAAUGAAGGUAUGCUUGGUUUGUGAAACAACUAUGUUUCAUAUCUGUCUUAAUUUCAAUAAAAGAGCGUUCCAUGCUCGAUAGUAUACAAUUCCAGUACGAGUUUUUGGGAUAGAAUUAAAUAAAAAUCCAGGAACCACUUACAGUAACUUGUUCAAAUGUUUUGUAUGUUUUGCUUCAAAAUUUUCAAGAAAAACCCGAGGUUUUUUAGGUCCUUAGUAUAUUUUGUCGGUCAUCUUGUUUGCGUGAUCGCCGCGCGUGGUUUAAGCGAACAUGUCACCCGGGUGAUACGAUUCAAGUACGUCAAAUACGAUGACGUAAGGCGCGAUUCGAUGAUAAAUUUCAUGCUCAUGUGGCACAAAUUAGUUUUCUGAUUGGACACUUUGAAUUUGAGGUAUAAUAUUGAAACAAAUUGCCUCUUAAAAAAUUGCCUCUUGAUGUUACCCUCAGUGAAUACUGUUUGAUCGAUUCAUUGUUUUUUUCGCAGGUGGUCAUAAACUCUCUAGUGCUAUCACUACCAGCGAUAGGCAACGUUGUCUUGGUUUGCAUGGUAUUCUGGUUAAUUUUCUCCAUUAUGGGAUACCAGUUCUUUGGCGGCAAGUUUUACAAAUGCAUUGAUAAAGACGGAGAAAAAUAUAAUGCGUCAAUUAUACCGGACAAAAUCACGUGUUUAAUUAAUGCUACUGCCCGUGGUAAUUUUACUGGUAAUGGUAAUCGAUGGAUAAAUUCGAAAAUUCAUUUUAACAGCGCGUUUACUGGUUUUCUCGCUUUGUUUCAAGUGGUAAGUUUUUAUAUCAACCUCUUUUACAGAAAUGUCUGUGAAGUUUUUUCCAUAAAUCACUCUCUAUAUAUUAUCCGGAUAAUUGGUUUGACACAUACGACGGAUCGUCCGUCUACACACGCAAAAAUCUCACAAGAUGUAUUCGCAACAAGCUUGUAACAGUCUUGUCAACAACUUGUAACAAUGCUGUUUUUAUCAAGUUGCUACGACGUUGUCACUCACAACUUGAACUUGUUGACAAGUUGUUGAAAAGCAGGACGAUAACAAGUUGUUGGAACAACUUGUAGCAAGUCUGUUCAGCCCAACGACCUUGUAACAAGUUGUCAACAACCUUGUAGCAAGUUGCCAACAAGCUGGGAACAAGCAGUGGGAACAGAUCCUGUUGAUAAGUUGUUGGAACAGCAUUGCUACAAGUCUGCUGCAAGUUUGCAAACAAGUUGUAAAAAGUUGCAGCAGACUUGCAGCAAUGCUGUUCCAACAACUUGUCAUCAGGAUGUGUUCGAACUGCUUGUUCCCAGCUUAUGGAGAAGUUGCCUACGGCUUGUUGGCAACUUGCUACAAGGUUGUUAAAGCCUGGUUUCCAUAUGGUGGUAAAAAUAGAGUCACGAUCUUUCUCAACGGCCAGUUUGUAAUAGUUUAUACCUGUAAACCACAUAUAAAUCAUAAGUAUUCUGUAGUUAUAAUCACUCCGCGUAUUGUCAGUUCUAAAAUGUUGUAUUUCGGCUGAUAAGAAAGAUCGUGACUCAAUCUUUACGACCGUUACGACCAUAUGGAAACUAUGCAGCUAUAGGCUUAAGUUCAACAGACUUGUUACAAGUUGUUCCAUUGCUGGAAUUUUAUCGUUGUGCAAUUCACCAAUUUGUCAGCAAUCUGUGAGUAACAAGCUUGUAGCAACUUGAUAAAAUAACAGCGUUGUUACAACUUGUUGAUAAGCUUGUUGCGAACCCAUCUUGUUGACAAGUUGUGAAAUUAUUACGUGUGUGGCUACAACAGUGGAAACUAUAUAUAGGUCUGGGAACCGUUCUGGGAACAAAUCGUUGCCCAUGUUUAUUCAACAGUUUGAAAAUCCCUCCACAGUAGUAUAAGCUCGGAGAGUAGUGCUUCCACUGUACCUUGAAUUCACUCAUGUUUUUCAUUUUCCAGGCGACACUUGAAGGUUAUAUGGAAGUAAUAUUCGACUCUGUUGAUGCUGUAGAAGUAAGUCAAACUGCAUAAAAAUAAAUGUUAACAUUAAGACCCGUCCAGCACGUUGGCCAAACAUCACCCAACAAUCAACAUUGUUGCAUACAAAAGUAUAUAUUUACAUUGAAAGAGCUCCUUGAAAAUUGUAGAAUAAGUCAUUAUUUUACAAUGUUUUUAUAUCUUUCGUUGGUUAGAAGCUAUUUAAGUCAUCGAUAUAGACAUGAAUGAUUUUCCCUAUUCUUUGAAAAUUGUCAGUUUGUGACGUCAUAAAUUUAUUUCAUUUGCAUAUCAAACAAUCUAAAAUAUCUCAAUAAUGAAAAGAGAUAAAGAAAAGUUGUAAAAUACGUUGUGAAUUUCAAGGCGUUGAAUCAACUCCGAAAGUGUUAUACUAUCACCAAAAAGGUGUCAGACAUAUUAUUAGCACUGAUGAAGAUUCGGGCCAGUGAACUCUGAUCUGGGCUUACGGAUCGAAAGCUUUGCAGUAACAAAUUUACGUGGUGUUUCCACAAACAAAAAGUAUUAUGUUUUAUCGCCAUGCAAACCUACAAAGAACUUAUUACAGUGUAAAUUACUUUACAGUCUAACGAGUUCUUUCUAUCAAAACAGACUUGAAUUUCAUCGCCAUUACCCUUGGGUAAAUGCAAUGAAAUUCAAUUUGGAACUCAUUCAAAAUUCUCAUCCAACAAAAUUGUUGGACGAAAUUGGAACGAUGUAACAGGCUAAAAAUAUGCAAACCAAUGUCAUGUGUUAAUUCCAGUCAAGCAGAUAUGUAAUAAACUUUUGUACGUUAUUUACAGGUUGAUAAGCAGCCCAUAAAAAAUAAUAACUAUGCCAUCAAUAUAUUUUACGUCGUGUUCAUAACAAUGGGGUCAUUUUUCAUUUUGAAUUUAUUCAUUGGCGUUAUCAUCGAGAAUUUCAGCAAACUCAAACAGCAGGUAAUGUCAAUAUAAAACCACUUUCGAAUAAAUUUGAAUCCAAGAUACGGAUUGUUGUCAAUUUUAUCCAAUUCUUUCAAAAUUUAACAUUUUAAUUUUGCAGAAAAUGUAAUUAGUUGUAUGAGCGAUUUAUAGACGAGAAAAUAAAAUAAAUAGUGACAAGCCCCAUUUUUUGUUCAAUGCAUUUUAGUACGAAGAUAGUGACGCGAUGGGAAUGUUCCUCACACCCAACCAGAGGAUUUGGGUGAACACGGUUUGUCGGACUUACAUGAAGAAACCUCGAAAACAACCUAAAAGGCCUGAGGUACGAACUAACUUAAUGAAACAUUUGUAGAAAUAAAACAAACAAUAACAAACACAACAACAACAACAACAACAACAACAACAACAACAACAACAACAACAACAACAACAACAACAACAACAACAACAACAACAACAACAACAACAACAACAACAACAACAACAACAACAACAACAACAACAACAACAACAACAGCGACGACGACAAGAACGACGACAAACAAUACAACGGAAACAACAACUACCAAUACAGCAAUAUCGCAAGCAAUAUCAACAAGCAACGACAACAACAAAUUCUAAAUACGUUUCGUUUUAGACGGAAUGGAGAGGAAAGAUUUACGACUUGAUUCAAAGUCGUUACUUCGAAUUUUUCAUCAUGACAAUUAUUAUGUUGAAUAUCAUCACAAUGAUGGGUGAGCAUCACCACCAGUCUGAAGGAUUCACUGAAGGACUCGAUUAUCUCAAUUACAUCUUCACAGUGUUGUUUAUCAUCGAAGCGAUACUGCGUUUACUGGCUCUGAAGCUCGAGUAUUUCAAGUCUGGCUGGAAUCUCUUCGAUUUUACCAUCGUCAUAUUUUCAAUUACAGGUUGGUCUGAUUUUUAUUGUCAUUAGUUAUGUAUUGUAGUUUUGUUCAUGACAACAUCCCGCUAUCUCUACCGUCAAUUCUAAAAUGAGUGCCUAAAUUACCAGGGUGACUAAAGAGUUCAAUAUAUGUAUUGACCUUGUGUCGGUGAUAAUGAAAACUUUUACUCUCCAACGGAAACAGCUAUAAGGUCAUUUGCUCGCUACUACAUUUCAAGUUGACCAUAUAUAGGACAGCUAGCACCAUAUAAAACAUUUCAUUGAAGCCUAUGUAUAAAAGCAGUAACAUUGAAUCGAUUUUUUUUCAGAAAUUGUUCUUGCUUCGUAUGAAAUUGAAAUGCCGUUCUCUCCUGGUCUACUUCGUGUUGUCCGUGUGUUUCGUUUGGCGAGAUUGUUACGGUUCUUCGAAGGUGCUAAGGGUAUUCGCAGUUUGCUGUUUGCCUUGGUGAAAUCUCUGCCUGGUCUGGCGAAUAUCGGCUGUCUUCUCUUCCUAUUCAUGUUUAUCUACGCGUGCAUCGGUAUGUCACUAUGGGGCAACGUCAAACUUACGGGAUACCUCGACGACGUCGUCAACUUCCGAACAUUCUUCUCCAGUCUCUUAUUGUUAUUCCGUAUCGCGACGGCCGCAGGUUGGAACACGAUUCUUGAGCCGAUGAUGUUGACAGAGCCCGACUGCGACCCGAAUAAGAAUGGUCUACCAAAUGGUGACUGCGGGACACCGUGGUUAGCUGUCAUCUAUUUCGUCAGCUAUAUCUUGCUCAUCUUUCUUGUCACCGUAAACAUGUACAUUGCGGUAAUUUUGGAGAACUUUAACGAGGCUCAACAGCAAGAUGAGAUCGGGCUAUGCGAAGAGGAUAUGGAUGCGUAUAUAGCCACAUGGGAGACUUACGAUGCAGAGGCCACCCAGUUUAUCCACUACCGUGAGCUAACCCAUUUCUUGGACGUGCUGGACCCGCCGUUACGGAUCCCGAAACCAAACGAAGAGGAAGCCGCUGCCCUGGAUGUGCCAGUGAGGCAAGGAGACAUGGUCCACUGUCUUGAUUUGAUGUUAGCGUUGGUUAAACGGGUUAUUGGGGAAAUGGAAGAAUUGACCGAAGACGAUAAAAGAAACAUGUAUGAAAAGUUCGAAGAUCGUUUCGAAUCCUCGUUUCCGCAACGGCAGCAAGCUCCAAAGCUUUACACGAUCUUACAAAGAUACAAACAAGAAACGGCAGCCGCUAUACGUCUCCAACGAGCUUUCCGAGAAUGGCAGCAGAAGAAACAGGCGAAACUGGACAAAGAGAAAUUCCACAAAUAUUCAAACGAGGAGACACCGAAUAAAGAUGGCGUAUGGCAAGAGAAACAAAUUACAGAAAGCCGGCCAGCUUCACGGACAAGUAGACCGCGUACUGCAUCUAGUCCCCGGAAAAGAGCACCCUUAGCGGAACAAGAGACUGUUGACAGUCCUUUGCCACAAAACAAGAAAAAUGCGACUAGCCCAACUGAACAACCAAACGGUAAUGGAGUUAGGGAAACUGCCGAGAACUUUAAAAAUGACCCAUUUGCCGCUGAAGCGAUGAACAUGAUGUGGUUUAGUCGAGGCACUAAUGGUCAAAAUCAGAGAUCAUCUGAAUCUGCAGUCUAGUACUAGACUUUAAGCUACAAGAGCACACUUUAAAGUCAUUCCUUUGCGCACACUGUCAUGCGCUCGUGACUAUAUGACUCGGGGGAGUUAAGACUUUGAAUUCUCGGGGGGAAAAUACCGACUUUGAAAACCAAAGAUUAUUACGACACUGUGCAAGUUAGGAACAGAAAGUUGGACUUCGAGUACAGAAUGCUUGGCUUGACUUCUCCUAAACUAUAAGACAACUCUCUUAUUUAGUAGUCUAAUAAGAUAUAUAUAGUUAAACUGCUUAAUGUCUUUAGAGUUGGUGCUAUUAGCCCAGCUCACAUCUUUGCACCCACCAGCCCCGAGAUUCUCCAGGGGAGAUAUUAACAUAGUAAUCAAGUGUAUAGAAAGAGAAUGCUCAAUUUGCCGGUGCCUAUAUUUUUUAGAAUUUGCCAAACAUAAGCCGGCGCCGUUUUCAAGAAAUUUAAAUUUAAUCUUCUCUUCACAAGGAUAAUGCUAAUAUUAAUAUAAUUAAACUUAAAAUAAUCUUAAUCGUAGUUUUAAGUUAAUCUAUUUAUUGCAACUAAGUUUCGUUUAAAAUACUAAUCUGAUGAGGUUGCAAACCAAUCAGAAAAGUUGGGAUGUUCAGUACGUCAGAACACUUUAACGGUAAAAUGCAGUGUCGGGCGAUAAUAUGAUAGAUUGGCCAAUAAAAUAGUGAUAUCUUGAUUAAUGAAUGGCCAACUAGUUCUCAAGUUAAACUUGUUUUGUAGGGAAAACUUUUCUAAACCAGUAAAAAUUACUAUUAACUUAUUUCUCAGAACUGGCAUAUUACAUUAAAUGUGCAUCUAGAUGAUGAAUGUGAGAUUUAUUUCUGCAAACUGAACAUCCCUAUAACUCUACUAAAAUACUAACAGUUUGUAUUCCCCAAAAAAUAAACAUUUACAGGGAAGCACCAACCAUAUUUGUAUAUUACAACAAACAUAAUGUGUUUUUUUAUGAUCAUAAGUUAAGUAAUUAAAAUUUGAGAGUCAUUUAUUAAAAAUUUUG